CUUCCCAAAAGUUUAAGCUGGUUGUAAGUGCUUACAGAAUUAAUUCCUUGACACCAGGAUUAUUAGCGUAUGUUGACUAGUGUGUUUCUAGGUGCAAGGAAGGAGGGUAUGUUGGGUGUACAAGACCUCUGUCUCUAUUUGUGAAGACCUAAGGAAAGGCAACGACACCCGAGAGGAGACUGGGUUCAGCUAGUCCCAGAUUCACGAGGUUCUUUCGCAGACAUCUGUGCCUGGCUGUUUUUCGUCAAGGGAAGUAAACCUCACGCAAUGGUUUUGUAUUUUCAAAGCAAUGUUGUCUCACCGCCGUACACUAUUUACAUGGGCGCAGAUAAACAUGAAAACGAGGAGUUGAUAAAAUGGGGAUUUCCAGAGGAUGUUUGGUUUCAUGUUGAUAAGUUAUCAUCAGCCCAUGUUUACCUUAGAUUACGAAAGGGUGAAACUCUAGAUGACAUUCCUAUGACAGUUUUAACAGAUUGUGCACAGCUUGUAAAAGCCAAUAGCAUUCAAGGAAACAAGAUGAACAAUAUUGCUGUUGUUUAUACCCUCUGGGAUAAUUUGAAAAAGACAGCUGACAUGGAGGUUGGACAAGUGGGUUUUCACAUUAAUAAAGAGGUGCGGAUAAUUAAAGUAGAAAAAAGAAUAAAUGAAAUCGUGAACAGGUUAAAUAAAACAAAAGAAGAAAAGUUUCCAAACCUACGAGAGGAAAGGGAGGAGAGAGAUCGACUGGAGAGAGAAGAUGGAAAACAGAAAUUAAGAGAACAGAGACAGAGGGAAAAGGAAGAAGAGAAAAGAAGAAAAGAAGAAGCUGCGUUGAGAAGCUAUGACUCUCUGAUGGACUCAGGAAAGAUGAAAUCUAAUAAGGAUGCUGAAUCAGAUGAAGAUGAUUUUAUGUGAAGAAACUGAAAUGCUUAUUCUGUCAAUAUUUUGUAAACUUGGACAAGAAUAUAUAUUCUCCAACAAGGUGGAUGCACUGCACCUGCUUCUCUAUUAAAUCUAGAACCUGAAAGGAGUGUUUUUAAAGAGCCCCAAGGAAUAUUGUAUGUGCAGUAGUAUUCUAUGUUUUAUUUGGAAAGAACACAAGAAUUCUACUGUGGGUGAGGUCAAGUGGCAAGGUUGAUGACUGAAAGUGUAAACUGAACUCUACAGGAGACUAUAAACAUUCCAUCAUGGUAUAAAAGACCUUCACUAGAAGUUGUAUCUGUUUGCAGUAAAAUGGAAUUAAAAAAAAAAAUGAUAUAAAUAAUUGUUUGGUUGAGAGGAAGAAUCCAGGACUACCCCAAAUCACUUGGUCACACCCAUUACAAAUGGUAGAGAUGAUGGACUGGGUUGGGGAAGGGGUGUGAAGAAACCUAAUGCCUGAGGGUAGUUAACUGCUCAUGGCCAAAUAAUUCAUCUGGAAAUUCAAGAUUUAUAUUAAUAAUUUGUUAAUUUUUUUUCUUAUUAUUUUACCUCUUCAAUCUAUAUUCUCUUUUUCGUUUGUUGUCUUGGUACGUUUCAGCAGGCUUUUCUUUUUAAGGGUUGUGCUAUUCUAAACUGUUCACCAUUAGUAAAUACCAUACAGGUGAAAAGUGGUUUUACACAUGCUGAUUGCCUAGGAUCAUUCACAUUCAAGCAGUGGAGGAGAGACAAACUGCAGCCUAGAGUGGCUUGUGUACAAACCUUACGGUGGCCUGUGCACAAACCUUACGGUGGCCUGUGUACAAACCUUGCGGUGGCCUGUGUACAAACCUUACGGUGGCCUGUGUACAAACCUUACGGUGGCCUGUGGAAAUUCUCCAUGGACAGCUGAGAAUCCUGGAUCUUGGAUGAGAGUCGUGAGGUGAUGGAAGUAUUAAAGGGUUCAAGUCAUGAACACAACACAAAAGCUUUUCUGGGGCCAAGAAACACAUUAUGUUUCAUCGAAAUACCUUAAAUAUCGUCAGUUCUGUCAAGGCGGGAGAGGUUUUCCUCGAGUUUGAGGACGAAGAAGGAUGAAUGAAUGUCAUUUUGUCACGACUUUUCUCAAGGAAAGCGUCUGGCAGAGGAUGAGAUUAUCACUAAAUCAAAUAAUUCAAGGGAACAAGGAACGAGUUCAAUUCAGACUGACUGAUGCAGGAAUCAAACAAAGGCUGUGAUUCAAGUGAAUACCAUGAUCUAUUCAGAGGUAGCGCAUUUCUCUCAAGAAUACAGCGAGUUGGAGCCAAGUUAUUCGUUAAAAUCGACGUCUUCUAGAGCUAAACGUGAGCAAAUGUAAUUUCAUGAUUUUGCUGGACUCGAAAAAAAUUUUUUUUGUCGGCUAAUUAUUCAGGGCAUGGGCUGUUUAAAAGUGUGAAAUUUUCCCGCCAUAGUUUCUAUGGGCGCUUAUACUACGCAUGCGCCAAUUAUUUUGUGUUAUUCAGUCUGUAAGUAACAUCUGUUCAAAUGUGGCGAAUUUUCACGCCAAAAGACUUAAAAUACGCAUGCGCCAUUUUUUUUUUUUUUUUUAUCGAAGUCAUUUUGUAAAUAUACUUUAUCUUUAUUGUCUUCUUGUAUUAUUAAUAUACAAUAGACCACAAAAGUUUCAUUCAACAAAGUAUUUUAUUUGUUUUAAAUUCUCUACAAUCAAAUUAAUCAUUAAAAAGGUGUCUAGAAGAAUUAUUCGUAUAUAUAUUAAGACUUUUGGCGGGAAAAUCUGGACCAAUUUGCACAGAGUUUCCCUUGGCAUCAUUUCCGGCAAAAUUUUUAACAAAACUUCCUUUGAAAUUUCCGUGCGAAAAAAAUUGUGAAGUAAACGCCAAUUUUUCCUCUCAAAAUUCGAAAUAUUCUAGAAAAUGUCGCUGCUUAUUUUCCGAAGGAAAUUCUGACUCAACUAUGUUUUCUGAAUUUCAAUAUCUUUGCACGAGAUGGAGUGUGUGGAAGUUGUAAACAAAAAACAUCAUGGCAAGCUGCAGAAUUUGCUUACCUCAGAGUUCGAUUUUGAAACCAAACAAUUUCUUUUAAAUCCUAUGGCAUGCUAUGAUGAUUUUUCGGUGUAAAAUAUCUUUAAAGUCGUCAGUUUCCAAAUGUAACACAGGAUACAGGUUGAAAAGUACUUGAUCAUGAAAAAAGACUUACUAGAGCAUACUCCAAAUCCGAAAAAAAAGUUGGGCUCAAAGGGCCUUGAACUUAAAAAGCAAUUUGAAAAAUAGAAUUCUUUGAACACUCUUUGAAUUUGAACUUGGCCGAAAGAGCUCACACAUUCCACAAUUAGGCUCCAAGUUUGAGAAAUGAAAUGGUAUCAAUGUUGGAGAAGGCUCUUUUAAUUUGAUUUCAGCCGUAAAGGCUAAGACGUCUUACAAUUAGGCUCCAAAUUUCUUAAACCUAAUUUGAAAAUGAAACAAUAUUAACUCUUGAUUUUAGCCGCAAGAGCUAGGACAGAUAACAAUUAGACUCCAGGUUAAUUACGAUUCAUUUCUGCAACAAAUGGCUCUCGAAUAUUUGUUUUAUUUUAAGUAUAAAUUGAGUCUUAAAAAAAUUAAUUUUUUGGAAAGAUUUUUUGUUUGUGUAUUCCUGUGUUACACUGAGUUACCACACCUAAGAUCUUCCUUCCACUUAAUCUAAGGAGUAACUGAAGUAACUAUUUUAAAACCAAAUGCCUGGUCUGGAGAGCAACACGUCAUUCAUUUUUGCAAAUACGACUCAAUUUACAAGGUUAAUUGAGUUUACCUAAAAAGUUCGUAUUGAAGAAACAACUGUGUAUAAACCAGCAAAAAGUCAACCAUCGGAAUCCAAAAAUAAACCCUUCUGUUAAAAUUUCGAUAAUCUUACGAGAAUGUAUAUAUAUCUUAUUAACCAAGCGCGAGGGCCGAUAUUCUUCCAGUACGGUCCCGAGCAAGCUUGG